AUGUUUAAUCUUGUUGAAGCGAAAAUUUCUAAUUCCAAUGAUUCUUUCACUGAAAUCAUGGAAGAAAUCAGAAAGGUUACGACUGAUGAAUCUGAGUUUGAAAGGUUACUCACGGAAAGAAUUCUUUCAGAGUUUAUAGCGGGUUUCGUUGACUCCAAGAAAGCCGCAAAAGUUAAACAACUGCAACUAGAGUUUCCUAAGAUCAAGAAUGAUAGUGGAGUUGAGUUCUUGUGUGCUGCAGACUGUUUUCCUAAAAAGAAAAAAUCCAAUAGAAAACGGGCGAAGAAGGUUGCUCAAUCUACACGAAGCUUAACUGAAAAAGAGCCUGUAGCAUCAGACAUGAGUAGCAGUAUUACGAUAACAUUGGAGAAAGAAGAGGAAAAUAGAAUGAAAAAGAAGAGAAGGGUUGGCUGCAAGGAGAUUGUUAAAAGGCCAGAACAAGAAUUGGAGUUAGAGGCGGAACCCGAGAUGCCAGAAAAAAUCGAAAGGGUUAUCAAAGAGAUGAAUGGUAUCAAAACUAUGUUCGUUAUGCAAAAAAGAUUGACACAAACGGAUGUAGCCAAGGUAAAUAAUCGUUUAUCGAUACCGAGGAAGAAAAUGAGCAACUGUGACUUCGUUGAUGAAGAGGAGAUGAAGAUUCUUGAUGAUAAGAAAGGGGUAAUGGUUUGCGUAGUUACACCGUCCACAGAAAUGGUGGAAUUGGAAUUGAAAAAAUGGGAAAUGGGUUCAACCUACACUUAUAACUUGAUUGGAGCUUGGAUUAAGAAAGUGGUGGAUAAUGAAGCCAAUCAACUUCAAUCAGGGAGAUUGGUGAGACUUUGGUCCUUUCGACAAGAUUCAAAGUUAUGCUUCGUGUUGGAUAAUGAAGGAUUGUCUUAA